GCUCUGCAUAUUAAAGACGUGAACAGCUAUCUAUCUCUCUCUAAUCUCAGCAUUUUCUUGCUUUUGGCCUUCCCUCAGAUUUUUUUCUUUCGGCGGCUCAGAUGCGGCUCGCUCUACAAUCUCAGCUCCAACUCUUUCAAUUAAACUUCAAAAAAACUUCCUCCUCUCUCCUUUCUCUCUCCUCUUCCCUCCAUUUUUUUCCUCGCUCUUAUCAAUUGAUCAAAAACGCUAAGAACUUCAUGUGCGCGACCUUGGAUUCACGUUUCUUGAUCUGAGUUUCCUCACAGAAAUCCGACUCCAUCAAUCUAUCAGCAUGAAAUUGGACACCUCACUCGCAAUGUGAUGGAUUGGGGUUUUAACAAUGCAUACAGUAACCAUUCGCUGAAAGUGGAUAUGGAUCCGAAAUCUCUAGCAAUCAUCCCUCAAAUUGAUCCAGUUGAUAUUGGUUCCGGUUCUUUGGAGAAAGGGAGUAAUGUUCCUAAUACAAAACCUGGUUCUGGUUCUUUGGAGAAAGGGAGUAAUGUUCCUAAUACAAAACCUAGGAAAAAGACUAUGACCUCAGUGUAUCUUAAAUAUUUUGAAACGGUGAUGGAUGGGAAGAGUCGAAGGUGCAAAUUUUGUGGACAAAGCUAUUCUAUUGCCACUGCAACUGGUAAUUUGGGGAGGCAUCUCACCAAUCGGCACCCAGGAUAUGAUAUGGGGGAUUGCUCCAACAGCCCUGCUCCACAGCCUGUGACUGUUGCUAGGAAACCUCAAAUGCCAACUAAAUCACCGGCAGUGGAGGUUGACCACUUGAAUUGGUUGCUUGUUAAAUGGCUCCUUGAAGCAUCCCUUCCAACUUCUAGUUUGGCAGAAAAAUGGCUGACAAAUACGUUUAAGUUUCUAAAUCCAUCUUUUGAGCUAUGGAAGGUGGAGAAAUUCCACAAAGUGCUGCGUGAAGUCUUCAGAAGCAUGCAGGAGACCGUGAGAUUGACUCUGGAACAAGUUUCGUCCAAGGUUUCUAUCACUCUUGAUUCAUGGACUUCAUAUCAACAAAUCAAGUACAUGAGUGUUUCGUGUCAGUGGAUUGAUGAAAGUUGGUCCUUCCGAAAUAUUCUUCUUGAUGUUUGUCACAUUCCAAGUCCUUGGGGGAGUUCUGAAAUCUAUUAUGUUUUGUUGAAAGUUCUCAGGUUGUACAAUCUUGAGACUAAGAUUCUCUCUUGUACCCUCAAAGGCGAUAUAGAUUGUCAGAAAUUGGCUACUUUGUGUUGUGUUCCUUGUGUUCCUUGUGCUGCUUAUACUCUUAAUUCAAUUGUAACUGAUGGUUUAAGAAGUACAGAACGAGUGAUUAUGAAGAUCAGAGAGUUUGUUAUGGAACUGAAUUUAUCACCAGAAAUGUCUGAGGAUUUCAUUCAGUUUACUACAGCAUACCAUGAAGGAAACUGGAAGUUCCCGCUUGAUUCCUCAGCUCGGUGGAGUGGAAACUACCUUAUGCUUGAUAUUGCGCGGAAGGCGAGCAAGUCGAUGGAAACAAUUGUUAGAAAGCAUGAAGAACAAUUGGGUAGCCGAUUGCUGCUCAACAGUGCAGAGAAAAAUAUUGUUAAUAUGAUGCACAAGUAUCUAGAACCCUUCUAUAAGACCAUCAAUGAUAUGUGCACGAGUAAAUUGCUUACGGUCGGUAUGGCUCUUUUCUUCAUGGAGCAUAUUUCUGAGACAAUUUUGGCCUGCAAAGAUUCGAGACAAACUCCUGAAUGGCUCAAGAAAGAUGCUGAAGAUAUGUAUGCUAAAGCACAAUACUAUAGUAACCAGGUUUGCAACGCAUUCAUAUAUAUGACUGCUGUUUUUGAUCCGCGGAUAAAAGUUGAGCUCAUUCCCGAGUAUCUCAACUCAGAAAGUUACAUGGAGGAAGCAAGAAAUCAUUUCAUCAGAAAUUACUCUGUUCCCUAUUUUUCAUCUGUCGGCAACUCAUACUCUACUCAGGAUCUGGAAGACAGAAGAAAUGCAUCUUUUGCAGAGGAGAUUGCUCGUAAGAAACGGAGGGCCACGAUGAGUUCCACUACCGAUGAGCUUACACAGUAUUUGUCCGAGGCCCCUGUUCCGAUGCAAACAGAUGUUCUUGAUUGGUGGAGAGUGAAUAGCUCUAGGUAUCCACGGUUGUGUUUGAUGGCUCGAGAUUUUCUUGUUGUGCAAUCGACUGCGUUGUUGCCUGAGCAUAUAUUUUGUGUCAAGGGUGAUGAAAUCGAUAGACAGAGGUCCUUCAUACCACAAUAUGAUACACAAGCUUUACUUUGUGCAAAUUCAUGGAUGCAAAACGGGAUUAAGUUGAAGCACAAAUCUACUGAAAUUGAUUGUGAAAGAAUAAUGGAACUGCAAGCUGCUUCAACAACAGAGACUAGCAGUAGGAGAUUUGACAAGAAGCAAGUAUUAUGAGUAGGAUAGUGUACCAUUGAUUAUGCAGUAUGUAAUGUUUGAGGUUGAUGCAAGGAUCAUCUAGAAUCUGUGCAUCGCCUAUAUAAGUGUACUUUAAUGUGAUCACUCUACUGUAAUUCCUCCUGCUAUUGUUCUGGGGAGUUACAGCCCUUCAAAGAUGUUCUUGAAAUUGUAGUCUAUACAGUACAUCUGUAUUUAAUAAUUGAGAGUCCAGUUUAACAAUAAAUUUAAGGGGUAAUUACUUGUAAA